AAAUUUCGUUUCGUCUGCAGUACCUACGCGUGUAUCGCGAUUUGUGUAUCUAGCGAUCAUUUCUAAUUCAUUAUAGUAUAAAACGUGACGGUUGCGACACGCCUCCACAAAUGCAUGUUAAAAUCUUUUGAAAAAACAUCACAAUGAGCGGUUCAAUAGGGGGACGUAAAAGAUGGCGAAACACAGCGAGUAAGUUUUGCAACAUGGAAUCAUGGAAACGAAGGAUGCCGAUCACCAUCUGGUUGCCGAAUUAUAGUCUGGAGUAUUUGCUAAGAGAUGCUAUUGCAGGUAUAACGGUUGGUCUCACAUCUAUACCGCAAGGGAUAGCGUAUGCUAUGCUCGCGGGCCUACCACCUCAGGUUGGACUUUAUUCGAGUAUAUUUCCGGGUAUAGUUUACGCCAUAUUCGGCAGUUGUAAGGAUGUGACAGUUGGACCGACGGCCAUAUUAGCCGCACUUAUAGCCAAAUAUGUGGCCAAAUCUCCAGAUUUCGCCUACCUCGCGACAUUCUUAUCGGGAUGUCUUAUUCUAUUGCUGGGAGUUUUACAGUUAGGAUUCCUUUUAGACUUCAUAUCGAAACCAGUUAUAAGUGGUUUCACGACGGCCGCGGCGUUACAAAUAUCGGCGACUCAACUGAAAUCAUUGUUUCAUACAACAGGUACUUCUGGUGGUACAUUCAUAACGGCUGUCAUAAAUUUCUUCAAAAACAUCAAGACAGUACAACUGUGGGAUACUGUGUUGGGAAUGUCGAGUAUCGUCGCUUUACUCUUGCUAAAGCGAGCGACGAUACCGACAUCAUCUACAGACAGUCGAGUUCGCGUGGUGUUCGCCAACAUUUGGCUAUACGUGGUCCGUGCCAGGAACGCGUUGGUCGUCUUCGUUGGUUUGAUACUGGCCUACGUGUUAUCUCUAGAAGGCAUUACUCCAUUCGCACUUACAGGUACGAUUGAGGGUGGUCUACCCCGAUUCGGACCACCGCCGUUCUCAACAACGGUAGACAACAAAACCCUCAACUUCGAACACAUGCUACAAGUGCUUGGGCCUGAAGGUUUCGCUAUGCCACUCGUCGCUAUAUUGGAAAGCAUUGCCAUCGCGAAGGCCUUUGCGGGCAGCACAGCAGUCGACGCGACUCAAGAAAUGAUAGCCAUCGGCGCCUGUAACGUGUUGUCGUCGUUCGCUCAGAGCAUGCCGGCCACCGGCUCCUUCACUCGCACCGCGCUCAACCACGCCAGCGGAGUGAUCACUCCCGCCGGCUCGCUGUUUAAAGCAAGUCUCGUUCUCCUCUCCGUAACGCUGCUGGCGGAGGCGUUUUACUUCAUCCCGCGCGCCACGUUGGCUGGGAUCAUCAUGGUGGCAAUGAUGUCUAUAAUUGAUUUUACAAUCAUUAAGAAAUUGUGGAUGAAUAAUAAGCCCGAGCUAGCGGUGUGGUUGCUGACUCUAUGCGUCGGUGUGUCUGCGGGGCUGGAGUACGGCAUCGCGGCCGGCGCCGGCGCAGACGCACUGCGCGCUCUCGCCAUAGCGGCGCGGCCUCAGCUCUACACGCAACACUUCAAGGUUGGCAACCAGGAUUGCGUGUCGCUGUCCCUGCAGGGCACGCUGAGCUACGCGUGCGCGGAGCACGUGCCGCGCGAGUUGCGUGCUCGCGCCGCACACGUGCGCGUGCUCGUGCUGGACGCGAAGCACUUACGCGCCGCUGAUUUCGGCGUAUUCGAGAAUCUUGUCACAGUUAUAUUAGACUUAGAGAAACAAAAGCACCGUGUCCUCUUGUGGAACUUUGAUUUGAAACAUCAGAAGUUGUUAGAAGACCUGCAUCCCGGGAUUUCCACUAGAUUCGUAUCGGGACCCAGCAUCGACCAGUUCAUAUUAGAUAUAAACACAGCAGGGGUGUCGGUUUAGUUAUAUUACGAUAAGGAUACAUAAUAAAAAUAGAUUAAUAGUUUAGGAGAUGUUCUCUUGGUGGUGGAAAGGAAACCCUCGUGUGGAAACGUGUAUGUCGAAAGUCUAUAUGCAUCACCACCAAUUAUGGAGCAUCGUGGAUGUAACAAGUUCUCCUUAAGGGGGGGAUUUUAGUACAGUUAGCACUUACGGGCUGUUAUUGUUGUAAGCCAGUGGAAAAUGAAAUUAAUAUUAAAUAAUUAUAUAUAUAUUAUUAAUUUUUUUCUUGUUCUUGGAACGAUUUGUUAAAAUUUGUAUUACGAAGCUAAAGUUCGGUAAGGAUGAUAUUAUAAGUACUUGUAUAAUGUGUUGUAAUAUGCAUGAAUUAUUUAUUUAAUUAAGGUUUUGUUAUGUAUAUAAGAUUCAUUAUUAUUGUUUACUUAAUAGUGCCUUUGUAUAUAAGUGAAUGUAAAUA